GUGUAAAAAAGGAACCGCGGGGAUUUUGCACGACUAAAUGUAAACGGCCAGUGGAUCUGAUUGGCUCCGCGUCCAGCUGACGUCACGACUUUCCAAUGUAGCGGAAGCUGAAAGUUUUUUCAGUUGUAAACUGAUCGGUGGUGUGAGUGAGUGAGUGAGUGAGUGGAUAUGCGCGAAAGAGAAAAUGAACAGUCGCUACUUCACAACAGGCGUUUGAGACCGUGAACCCAAGCUGUUUUAGCUGGAACGAGAGGACCAAGGACCUUUUCCCCCCACCCUGCUUUGACAAUGUGGGAACAGGCGGAAUUUGAGAAGCACUGGAGGAACGAGUUUCCCGAAGGUGAAGUGCCCGUGAUGAACCUCAGCUCGGUGGAGGACAUAGAGGCAGAGCUGGAGAAAUGCAAAGCCAAUCUGAAGGUGUUACAGCAGGCUCUGUCGGAAGAGAAGUUCAAGGUGAUUUACCUGCAGACCACCAUUGCGCAGAAGAAAACUUAUGACAUCGAGAGAUGGUGUAACAAGGCAGAUUCAAAUCAGGACAGUCCUUGCGACUCAGAGAGCAAAGGCGGGGACGUACUCCGGGGCAGCAAGACAGGUAAGCCCAUCCUCGUCCCUCCUCGGAAAAAGACCGAUAUUCCGCAAAGACUCCCCUCGGCUCGUGACAUCUCUCGGUGCGUUGCCGAGCAACGGAACAGCGAGCAGGACAGUGACCGCGAGUUCGAGGACGUGGAGCUCAACGAAAACUUUCUGCGAAAAAACAUCCUCAACCCAAAAGGUAACGUUCGGGACAGUCACCGGCUGAAUCCUCGCAUUCGCUUGAGUCGGGAUCUGGACUCGGAUGAUGGCAGACUGUCCCCUUCUCUCGCGCUCCGCGGCUCUCACGGGUCUGGACGCAGCACACCUGACGGAUACCUGAGCUCCGACCAUGACGACUCCUCCUCUGCAGACUUCAACUACAACACUGAUGGCUAUGAGGGAGAUACUGCAGAGGACAGGAAGUCUCAGGAUGGCUCAGAGACCAUGCCAUUCAUCGACGAGUCGCCCACCAUGUCCCCUCACCUCUGCGCACGGGGACAGGAUGGAGAGGCUGUCUCACCCACGCCACCAGAAGGGCUACUGUCUGGGGGAGACACAGAGAAAGGUCUGGAGAUGAAGAAACUGGUUCUGUCUGGUUUUCUGGCCAGUGAGGAGAUCUAUAUUAACCAGCUGGAGGCGUUGAUGCUGCCCAUGAAGCCUCUUAAAGCCACAGCUACUACAUCAAAGCCAGUGCUGACAAUGGAGCAGAUUGAAACUAUUUUCUUCAUGAUCCAAGAUAUCUUUGUGAUCCAUAAGGAGUUUUAUGAUGCUAUUUCUCCCAACAUUCAGCAGUGGGAUGAGAAGGUCACAGUCGGACAUCUCUUCCAGAAACUGGCCAGUCAGCUCGGUGUGUACAAAGCCUUUGUGGACAACUAUAAAGUCGCAGUGGAGACAGCAGAGAAAUGCAGCCUGGCCAACAGCCAGUUUCAGAAGAUCUCUGAGAAUCUGAAAGUUAAAGGUCCUAAAGAAUCCAAGGACUGCACCACAACUGCCACCAUGGAGGCUCUCCUCUACAAACCUAUUGACCGUGUCACUCGCAGCACUCUGGUCUUGCAUGACUUGUUGAAACACACGCCUAAGGAUCACCCAGACUUCCCACUACUGCAGGAUGCUCUGAGAAUAUCCCAGAACUUCCUGUCCAGCAUCAAUGAAGAGAUUGACCCGCGCAGGACUGCCGUGACCACACCGAAGGGAGAGGUUCGUCAGCUGGUGAAGGAUGGCUUCCUGGUGGAGGUGUCGGAGGGGACGCGUAAACUCCGUCAUGUCUUCCUCUUCACAGACCUUCUGCUCUGUGCCAAGAUGAAAAAGACCGCAGUUGGGAGGCACCAGCAGUAUGAGUGUAAAUGGUACAUCCCUCUGGCUGAUCUGAGCUUUCAGACUCUGGAUGACUCGGAUUCUCUCCCUCACAUCCAGACGCUCCCUGAGCACGAGAUUGAGGAGAUGAAGAUCAAGAUCUCCUCCAUCAAAAGCGAGAUCCAGAAAGAGAAGAAAGCACAGAAAAGUCAGAGUCGUAAUGUGGAUCGUCUCAGGAAGAAGAUGAACGAGCAGGAGUCGUGUCUGCUGUUACAUUCCCCCACCAUCCCAUUCCGCAUCCACAACAAACACGGCAAGAGCUACCUGUUUCUGCUGUCCUCAGAUUAUGAGAGGUCAGAAUGGAGGGAGAGCAUUCAGAAACUGCAGAAAAAAGACCUGCAGGCCUGUGUGUUGAGUUCAGUAGAGUUGCAAGUGUUGACUGGCUCCUGCUUCAAGCUCCGAACUGUCCACAACAUCCCCGUCACCAGCAACAAAGAUGAUGAGGAAUCUCCUGGUCUGUACGGCUUCCUGCAUGUGAUUGUCCAUAAAGCCACAGGCUUCAAAGAAUCUGCCAAUCUGUACUGUACGCUGGAGGUGGACUCUUUUGGUUACUUUGUCAGUAAGGCCAUAACACGUGUGUUCAGAGACACAACAGAACCACAGUGGAAUGAGGAGUUUGAAAUAGAGCUGGAGGGCUCUCAGUGUCUGCGGAUCCUAUGCUACGAGAAGUGUUACGACAAAUCAAAGCUCAAUAAGGACGAUAAUGAGAUUGUGGACAAGAUCAUGGGAAAGGGACAAGUACAGCUGGACCCACAGACUGUGCAGUCCAAAAACUGGCAUAUGGACGUCAUAGAAAUGAAUGGGAUUAAAGUGGAGUUUUCCAUGAAGUUUACAAGUCGGGACUUAAGUUUGAAGCGAACGCCAUCUAAGAAGCAGAGUGGCGUGUUUGGGGUCAAAAUCAGCGUGGUAACAAAGCGUGAACGCUCCAAGGUGCCUUACAUUGUGCGGCAGUGCAUUGAGGAGGUGGAGAAGAGAGGGAUUGAUGAAGUGGGCAUUUACAGGAUCUCUGGAGUGGCCACAGACAUCCAGGCCCUCAAAGCUGCGUUUGACGCCAAUACCAAAGAUAUCCUGAUGAUGUUGAGUGAUAUGGACAUUAAUGCCAUAGCAGGGACACUGAAAUUGUAUUUCAGGGAGCUGCCAGAACCUCUUCUCACAGACCGACUGUACCCGGCCUUCAUGGAGGGCAUUGCUCUAUCAGAUCCUGCAGCAAAAGAAAACUGCAUGAUGCAUCUGUUACGGUCACUACCAGACCCAAAUCUCAUCACAUUCCUCACUCUACUGGAACACCUGAAGAGGGUGGCAGAGAAGGAGCCGGUCAAUAAGAUGUCUCUGCAUAAUUUGGCCACAGUGUUUGGCCCCACUCUGCUGAGACCGUCAGAGUCGGAGAGCAGUAAGGCCCACAUCACACUGGCCUCUGACAUCUGGUCACAUGAUGUCAUGGCACAGGUUCAGGUAUUGCUGUACUACCUGCAGCAUCCACCCAUAUCCUUCGCUGAGCUGAAGAAGAACACACUCUAUUUCUCAACUGACGUCUAACUCCAACAACAGACUCCCUUCCUCUCAAACAUGGUCUUUUUUGUGUACAAAGCCAACGGGGGGACAGAGAGAGACUGUGGCCAUUCUCCCCUGCGUUUGUUGUCUCCAGUCGUGUUCAUGUGUAAUGGGAGCUUAAGCUUCGCUCCAGUGCGGAGAAGAACUGCAGCGAGAGGAGGACCAUCUCGAGCGAGCCCAGGAUUCAGCAUCACCUUAUACAAAUGUUGCACUUAUCACACAGCUGUCCUGCCAAACACAAACACACGUCAAACACAUCAUGCACCGUCCCAUCUGAAGGUUGUGUCUUGGGAUGUUGGUUCGUCUGAGUUGCAGAUGCAUGCUGGGAUGUCUGCAUCCAUUGUGGCAUCUCCUCUGAAGCCCAGUUCAGUGAUCCCGCAGCUGGAAGUGAACUCAGCAUUUACAUGUUUAUAAAUAUUAUUUGUUUGUUUUGUUUUGUUUCAUAAGCUUUUGUGUAUGUGAUAUGAAGCCACUGAGCUGUGAGUGUGUGUGUUUAUGUGAGAGAGAUAGAGCAAAUGCAUUUGUUCAAAAUAAAAUCUCAUGCUGCGAAUGUUUCCUUCUGGGCAAAACAUUGAAAUCCCAGACCUUCCUUGUCCAAGUACAUCCAGGCCAAAAAUUGCCCUAUUUAUUAUGAUUUAAUUGUGCCUGUACAGUUCAGUACAUUUUGAGACUAUAGAGUCCUUCGUUUGCAAUUUUUGGUCUAUUUGUUUUUGAUUCAUUUUAACUUCCUGUCAGUAUAGACUUGAUUAUACAGUAGAAGAGAGAAACUAACAGUUAAGUCAGCCAGCUUUUGGGACCAGUCGCGGUAUGCAAUGUAGUGAGAUUAUACUUGGAAAAAUGCAAAAUUAUGUCUUGAUUUGGAGAAAAAUCAUCUCCUUUCACCUUUGCAAGUUGAAGUGUCUGGUGAUACUUCAGUUUAUUCUGUAGAAAGGUCUGUGUUAUUGCCCUUUUUUUUUUUGCAUGUUCAGCUUGUCAGAUAAAAAGUUGGCAGGAUAACACAAAGGUUCAAUUUCUUCUUUGUAUUUUGAUUUUAUUUAAUUAUUAUUAUUAUUACUCCACUGCUGAAGACCACUGGCAGAGCAGAGGGAAAAAUGUAACUUUUCUGCUAUAAAGCCAGUGACAUGUACUUCAUAAGCACUGUUAGAUUGCAGACUAGUUGAUAUUUUAAUAUAAAAGGAAAUUAAAAACUGGUGUAUUUUACUUCUGUUGGAAAGAUAUUGAGUAUACUGUAUUAACAAGGGUAAAUGUUGAUGUGACCUUUUUUCCCCGUUUUUAGUCAAAUAAAUAAAAGUGUACAUUGAG